AAAGGAUUAGAUCAUUAACAUCAGCAGCAAGCCAAGUGGAGACUGCAUUGUCAAAACAGCAACAGGUCUUUAAGGCUUUAACCUUCAUCUAGACUUAGAGCAUCUAAUGUGCCCAGAAAGUUAUAGUUUCUAAAUUAUGAUGCUGAGCAGGGAUCCCCUGACGUUUUUGAGACUGUGAGACAAGUGUUUGCUGGACUUUGCUGUGUUCCUUGGUCAUUGCCUUCACACUCGGAAAGCCACCAAGUGUAGGAUGAAUCUACGGUCGGGCAAAGCCACGUCAGAGGAAUGUUUGACCCCUCGGACUCUACACUGCUCCGAGGGUCAAGAAGGAUCUCUUGCAAUGUCGCUGGGAAGAGAAUGUGAUGCCUCUUCACGGAGUCUGUGCUCUGUGAGGAAAAUGACGCACAAAACUCCCAAAAAGAUUUCACAAGGUGUGACAUUUGGUCCAGUUCUUUCAGAAGAUGGUGGUGAUGACUCUAAUUCAUUUACAACCACACCCAGAGCCACACGAUUACCAGAUAAACACUGGCAGAACACUGAGCUGAACAGAGGAUUCAAAUAUGUGCCUAAGGCAACAAAAUUAAAUAUUUGGGUGCAGUUUCAAGAUGAGCAUCAGGGGAUUGUAACCAGAGGAAACACCAAGGGCAACCGAGCUCACUCUGUCUUUCCAAACUCCCCUCUGGAGUCUCGUGCAGAUUUGGAGGCCAGCAGAUGUUCAGAUGGAGACUUGGAGCCUGUGGAGAAGACUUUCUCCAUGAAUUUUGCAGUGGAGUCUUCCUGUCUUAAUGAUCAAAGAGAAGACUUAAAUAAAUACAAGUUCAUUAAAAAGCUCCAAAGUUCAACGAAAAUGAUAUUGCAAAAAUCCAUUCUUCCUCUGAAAACACGCAGCGUGCCUGAUUAUUCCCUUGUCCUUGGCUUGGACGAGACCCUUGUCCAUUGCCAGUUGACAGACAUGGAGGGGACAGAAUUCGUAUUCCCUGUCUGCUUUCAGGAUAAAAGUUACCAGGUCUAUGUGAAGUUGAGGCCCUACUGCAGGGAGUUCCUUGAAAAUCUGAGCCAGUUCUAUGAGAUCAUUCUCUUCACGACUGCUACAAAGGAUUAUGUUGACAAACUGCUUGAUAUAUUGGACCCACGCAGACGGCUGAUCAGGCAUCGACUGUAUCGGAAACAUUGCGUCUGUGUGCAAGGGAACUACAUCAGGGAACUAACCACCCUCGGCAGGGAUCUGGCAAAGACAGUUUUUGUAGACACUUCAGCAGAGACUUUCUCUUGUCAGGUUUCAAAUGGAAUCCAAAUCAAAAGCUGGCUGAAAGAUCCAAAAGAUCAGGAGCUACGGAAACUCAUCCCAUUCUUGCAGAAACUAGCAGAACUGCCCCAUCAUUCUGGGCACCGAAGUGCAACUCAGCUACCUUUUUCGACUGACCAAAACGUAAGCUGUUGUCAAUAGCUGCGACAGAUUUGGAUGUGUCUCUUGGACUUUUGUAUAUAACCUCAAGAUUGUCUCUGUCUGUCUGUCUACCACAACCAGAACAAAAGACCCCACUUUUUCUGUUUGUAGGAUGAUGUACAGCCUGUGAUUCAAAGGACCUAUAGAUGGGACAGUCUGUGAAUAGAUGCCCAAAGUUGCUCCGAGGAGCCAGGAUUGAAGGGGGAAGUUUUUUUUUCAAUAAACUGCCCCUCCCUCCUCUCUACACCAUUCCCCAUCAUAUUUUUUUGUUUUGAAAUCAAGCAAUUUAUUUGUUGUUUAACCAUCCAAUGUUACAACUGUACUCCAUACACCUAAACUGCUUAGCUUCAUGACUGGAGUUCUGAUCAUGUCUUUUCCU